AUAGAAAACUACUUGCUUCGUAAUCAUGAGACCAGAAAGUACCUACAGGAGCAAGCAUACCGUCUGCAGCAAGGCAUUGUCACCAGUACCACUCAGCAGAUGAUUGACAGAAUAUGUGUAAAAGUGCAAGAUCAUCUCAACUCUUUAAGAAACUGCGGUGUGGAUGCUGUACAGGAAGAUGUCAAAUCUGCAGAACGGCUUAUGCGGGAUGCUAAGAACUCCAAAACACUCUUACCAAAUCUGUAUCACCUCGGUGGAGCUGCUUGGGCAGGAGCAAAUGGUUCACUCUCCAAUCCAAUCCAAGAGACACUUGAAUCCAUGGCUGGAGAAGUCACAAGGGUUGUGGAUGAGCAACUUAAGACGCUCCUUGAGUCUAUGGUGGAUGCAGCGGAAAACCUUUGCCCAAAUGUAAUGAAGAAAGCUCAUAUCCGGGAAGACUUGAUUGAAGCUAGCACCGAGAAGAUUUCCAUCCCACGCACUUUUGUGAAAAAUGUCCUCUUGGAGCAAUCUGGAAUUGAUAUCCUGAAUAAAAUUAGUGAAGUAAAGCUGACAGUGGCUUCUUUCCUGUCUGACCGAGUUGUAGAUGAAAUCCUGGAUGCACUUUCCCAUUGCCAUCACAAGCUGGCUGACCAUUUGACAAGACGUGGCAAACCACUUCCAAAGCAGGAAUCACUGGACAUUGAAUUGGCUGAAGAAAAACCAACCAAACGCUCUAUGAUCACGGUUGAGGAGCUGACAGAGAUAGAACGUUUGGAGGACCUGGACACUUGCAUG